UACCUCUAGCGUUUGUUUGCUUAAUAUCAUUUGCCCAUGGGCAAAUUGAUAGAUAAUAACAUCAUCACGUCACCAUCAAACUGCCUUCCACCUAAACAGUUGAUUAACGGAAUCUGUCGGGACGUCUGGCGUCAGGGACAAGAAGCCGACCGACAUAACGUCAUAACCGUUCCGCCCAACUGUAAAGAAGGUCAAGAGCUUGUCAACGGCGAGUGCCGAGAUAUUUGGUACCAGAUCCCAGCACCUAGGGCAACAGGUAACCAACCAAGCGUCAUAACAGUUCCACCGAACUGCAAAGACGGCCAAAUAUUGAUUAACGGCGUGUGCCGGGAUGUUUGGAGGAUCUCGGCUCCAGCACCACGAGCAGUAAUUCCUGAGGAUCACAAAGACAAAAACACAAUUGUGGUACCACCAAACUGCAAGGAAGGACAGCAAUUAAUCAAUGGCGUGUGUCGCGAUAUCUGGCUCAGACAACUCGCCGCGUCCCUUGCUGAUGAAGAUGAUGUUAAUGUACUUAUAAAGAACAUUAUAGACGUUCCAAAUCAAUGCCCCAAAGGAUAUAGGCCCGAUGCAAACGGAGUAUGUCGUCCUAUAUUGUAAAAAUCUAAAAAAACUAUCUUAGUCGUAACAGAUAAAUCAUUAUCUAUCUCUUUUCAUCGUAGCGUAUGUUAUUUGGUAGAAAGAGACGAAUGACAGUGAUUUUGGUUUUUAUUAACUCCUAACUAACUAACUGGUUUUUAUAAAAAAUAUAUACUCCAGCUAAUAUAUAUGUAGACUUAAGAUAGCAAAAUCAUAUUACGUAUAUGUAUAAAUAAAGAAAUAUAUGCA